AAAAUAACUCUCCCUGAGGAAAUUAUGACUCAUGAUAGCCUUGACAAAAGAAGAUAGCUUGGGAAUAAUUUUUAGUUGAUGUUGCACUCUUUUUUUCAUGCCUCGAGGAGCAAACGUUAGACAUUGUCAGUAGUGCUGUGUUAAUUUGUAGCGUGUAAAUAACAGAAAGUGAAAACAGAGUCGGUAUUUAUUCAUAGAAGUGUUACUGGAUUUUCUUGUUCUAUUUCCCUGGUUAAGUUGCAUGCUUCUUGAGUUGUUUUCAGAGAGGCACUUCUGAAAAAAUUCUUAUUCGUCUAAAAAGCAUAUUUACUACUUGAAGAAACCAGAAGGAACUGCAGGCAAGCCAACAGGGUGUAGGUGAACAUUGUGCUCCAAGUUCUUGUUUGCGAAACAAUGAGUGGUAAUGGGCCGUUAGCAGAAAAAGGAGUCAACACUAGUUUGGUCUGUCAAGAAAACUAUUCAUGCGGCGGUUCGGAAGAAGCAGUAUUCGAGUGUGAUGAAUGCGGAAGCGUACAGUGUACUCGCUGUGAACUUGAGCUCCAUCAGCAAGAGCGUCUGAAGGACCACGAGAGGGUUCCGAUAGGUCCGGGACACGCUCCUUAUUGUGAUAACUGCAAAAGCGUUAACGGGAAAGGCGGGGGAAAUGGCAAACGUCAUAGGUCAGUCGUGCGUUGUCAGAGCUGCAAAAUCAACCUGUGCCUGGACUGUCAGAAACGCACUCACAGUGGAGGAAACAAAAAGAGGCAUCCUCUUAUGCCCUACAACCCUCCCAAACUAACCGAGGUGAACUCAAGCGAUGGACCAGAUGAGGCAGAGACCCAGAAAGCCAAGCUUCUGGACAAAGUCUCCAGCUUCCUUCUGGUGGAUGAGAACGAGGAGAUGCAAAUUAAGGAUGAAGAUGAGUUUGUGAGAAUGCUUACCUGCCAGCCAAAUGAACUUCUGAAGGUGGUAUCCAUAUUCGGGAACACAGGGGAGGGAAAAUCCCAUACCCUCAAUCACACUUUUUUCAUGGGAAGGCAGAUAUUCAAGACCUCUCCGACGCAGGAGUCCUGCACCGUGGGCGUUUGGGCAGCUCUGGACCCUUUCCGUAGAGUGGUGGUCAUCGACACAGAGGGCCUUAUGGGUAACAGCUCUAACCAAGGUCAGCGCACGCGUUUGCUGCUCAAAGUGCUGGCCGUCUCCGACGUCAUCAUUUACCGGACCCACACCGACCGUCUCCACGACGACCUCUUCAAGUUCCUCGGGGACGCCUCGGACGCCUAUUUGAAGUUUUUCACCAAGGAGCUGAAGGCGGCGACGACCCGUUGCGGUUUGGACGUGCCCCUGUCCACCUUAGGCCCUGCCGUGAUCAUCUUCCACGAGACAGUACACACUAAACCUCUGGGUGCAGAGAGACCAGGAGAGUCUGUGGAUCGUCAGCUUCAGGAGCGAUUUCGAAGACUUGGCCGUUUUCCCGAAGCCUUCAGCUCCGUCCAGUAUCACGGGACGCACACGCACACUCCGCCCACGGAUUUCGGCGGCCUGCAACAUUGCCUGAACAAACAACUCGACAACAACACGACACGCUCCCCGCGAACCCCGUGGGUCGUAUUCAAAGCCUUACAGGCCCUAAGCGAGCGCUUUAAUGGAGAGAUCUCAGACGAAGUUCUGGCUCAGAACUGUUUCUUUCCGGAUGAAUACUUCACCUGCCCUAGUCUCUGCCUGAGUUGCGGGUCAGGCUGUAAGAACAGUAUGAACCACCUAAAGGAGGGCAUAGGUCACGAGGCCAAACACCGCUGCAGAUACUCUGGUCACUAUGACAACCGCGUAUUCACCUGCAAGGCGUGCUACGAGAGAGGGAAAGAGGUCAUCGUCGUGCCAAAGACCUCCGCUUCUUCGGACUCUCCCUGGCUCGGCCUCGCCCGAUACGCCUGGUCGGGAUACGUGAUCGAGUGUCCAAAAUGCGGGGUGAUAUACCGAAGCCGCCAGUACUGGUACGGGAACCAGGACCCCGUGGACACGGUGGUCCGCACUGAGAUCCAGCACAUCUGGCCCGGGUCGGACGGUUUCCUGAGAGACAACAGCAACGCUGCCCAGAGGCUGUUGGACGGAGUAAACUUCAUGGCUCAGUCCGUAUCAGAGCUGAGUGUUAAGCCUGCCAAAGCAGUCACCUCCUGGCUUACGGAUCAGAUCGCACCCGCCUACUGGAAACCCAACUCCCUUAUCCUGGCGUGUCGCAGAUGCAACAAGGUCUUCCAGGACAAUGACACGAAACACCACUGCCGUGCCUGUGGGGAGGGUUUCUGCGACGCCUGCUCUUCCAAAUCCAGACCCGUACCAGAGAAAGGCUGGGGACUGGCCCCGGUGCGCGUGUGUGACGCCUGUUACGAACACAGAGGCUCUUACCCAGAAUCUUUGAAUGUGGAACACGAUGAAGAGGAGGGGGGUACUCUUGCCAGAAAGGUUGGGGAGGCUGUCACCAACACCCUUGGUGCCGUGGUCAACGCCAUCGACAUCCCGUUGGGUCUGGUGAAAGAUGCUGCACGUCCUGUCUAUUGGGUGCCUGACCAGGACAUAGUCUCCUGCCAUAGCUGCCAGCGUGAGUUCACUAGCAGGUUGUCUAAGCAUCACUGUCGUGCCUGUGGCCAUGGGGUGUGUGAUGACUGCUCCCCCACCCGCCGAGCCGUCCCUUCCCGCGGUUGGCAUCACCCAGUACGAGUGUGUGCCCUGUGCGAUCAGAAAUCAGGAGACCUUUGACACAGAGAUCUGUGGCUUUUGGUCUAGCGUAUGUGUGUGUGUGUGUGUGUGUGAGUUUGU